UCACUCCAUUGGUUGGCGCCAGUGACGUCAAAGGGCAACAUGUGAUAAAACUUACGGUUGACGCGGGCGCUCCUCAUCGGCUGAAGUAAAUCACACACUGUGACUGACGGUACUCCAGGUGACAUUACCUUGUGGAACUAAAUCUCAGCUUCCAAAAUGACUCUGUCCGCUGCCCAGAAGUCUGCAGUCACCUCCAGUUGGAAAUCACUUGCUGCCGACAGGAAUGCAAUCCUGACCAACGGCGCUGCUCUGUUUUCACUGCUCUUCAAGACUUUCCCAGACACCAAGCAGCACUUCCCGCACUUCGAGGGCAAGGGAGAUGAUCUGAAGGCCUCAGGAGUGGGCCGGGCCCACGCGCUGGCUGUCUUCACUGGCAUCGACGCUAUCGUCAAGAGCUUGGAUGACGGCGAGUGCAUCGAGGGUCUGUCCCUCAAGCUGGCGCGAAACCACGUGGACCGCAAGAUCGGUUCCAGCCGCUUCCAGCAAAUGCGCCAGGUGUUCGGAUCAUUUCUUGACCAGCAGCUGGGCGGCGCAGCAACAGCUGAUGUGAAGAGCGCGUGGGAUGCACUGCUGGCCUACCUGCAGGAGCACCUGGCAGCAGAGGAGAAGCGUCGCUAGGGACCCACUUCCGGUGCCUUUAAGUCUUCGCAGUCAAAAACUCUCCGCCCCAGGGCUUCCAGUCUGUAGAUGCUUUAGUCAUUUUACAAAACACUUACUGCGCAUGAGCAGCGUUCACUCUCUGUCCAAUGCCUUUCAACAGAAACUUUGCAGACGAUGGACUAUUUACCCACACGUACAGGGCGCAUGCGCUGCUUCUUGUCAUAGCCAUAGCUUUUAUAUACUGCUUUUGUAAUUCAUAAACAUCAUUUUGGUCCGAGUAGCAUGGCUACCGACAGAUGUUCUUUUUAAUGCAAGAAGCUGCCAUCAGGCUGUAAUUUCUUACAGUCAUUUAAACGCAGAUGUAGUUUUGAAAAUGAUCUUCAUAAAACCAAAGUGUAUAUUAUUUAUCUUUGAAUAAAUCAGUUACAAACUAAUACUGAAAAUGUAUUACGUUUUAAAAAGUAUUAAAAAUUAUUGACACAAUCAGGGAAUGUGAGUGCAGAAAGAAUCCAUAGAAACCACUUUUUUUGUCUGGCAAGACGAAGCUUGUUAAAUCUUUGUGUUUCGCUCUCUUUAACGAAAGUCAAAAUUAGUGAUAAUCAUCAUCCAGGAAAGAUAUUCUCGAUAAUCUCACUAUUUUAUUGUUAACCGUUUUUAUUGGUCCGCGCUUUUGAACCAGAUUAUUUCCUACAAUAUUGUCUACAUACUUUUAUUCUUCCAUCACCAUUUCUAAAAGCCUAUUACAUUAUUUUUCAUUGUCAUUAGGCGGGGGCUGAAGCUUUUUUCGCUGCACAAAACGUGGCACAAUCAAAUAAAAUUUUGUAAUAUUUCUAAAGUUUUGUUAUAUUUCGAUGACCUCACCAAGUAUUUUCAAGCUCUGAUCUUUAAUGAAGGCAAGUCAAAACUACAAAGACACGUUGCGGUAACAAGAAUAAAAUAUUUGAUAAUGAAAUUGAAGGAAAUAUUUUUGUGAAAAGCAUGAUCUAAUUACUUUUAAAACGUUCAUGCUUUCUCUAGCCUUAAAGUCUAUUUUACAAGUAUUAUAUUUGUGCUAGUAUAUUUAGGGGAGACCCACUUUGCAGCAAAUCUUGUGGCAUUAUUGAUGGAAAUAUCCUUUUCAAUAAAAGACGUUUACCACUU